UGGAGGAGGCUCUUGCUAAGGGGUCGUAUGAGGUCUCCGUACGAUACCCUGUCAAAGGUGGUCUUUUCAACGAGACCGUCGGUGGUGAUGACAUGCUUGCUCAGGCUAUGCCUGAGUAUGAUCGCCAGUAUCUCGGCCGACAAGGCCAGCAUGUUCGGCUGUACGACGGAGGGAUGGACUAUGUCGUCCAGGGUGCCCUAAUGCUGCGGGAGCAGCACUGGAGACAGGAAGCCGAAAUAGAGCGGCUAAAGAAGAUGGAGGCAAAGGCUGUCUCGGCCGAUGAGGCUCUCCAAGAUCUGAGGGACAAGGCCAAGGCCGCGGAGGGUGAAAUGAAGCUCCUUCAGCUGCGUCUUGAUGAGGCCGAGUCAGCCCGGAGAAAAGCUGAUGAGGCCGUUGCCGUUGCCGUCCAAAGAGCCGAGGAGGCGGAGCGGCUCAAAGCCGAGGCGGAGGGGGCUGCUGAGAAGGCCGUAGCCGACUUCAAGGCCGAGGGGUGGAAAGCCGAGGACCAGCUCCCCUUCUGCUAUGAGGUGGUUGCUGAGAGGUUGAAUGAUUGGACGACGAAGGACCCCGCCGGCCAAGAAUUCUGGAUGAACGAGAUGCAAGCUUUCUACGACUGUGGUCAGUACAG